GUUUGCGAAUAUGCCCGCGCGAAUGGCACCACGAAAUCCAUUUUCCGCGCAAACAACCAAACAACCAAACAAGCAAGCAAGCAAGAAGACGAAGCAAGACACCAACGACGAAACGAGAGCAAGCAAGAGCAAGCAGCGACGACACACACACACAUACACAUACACACACACUCUCUCUCUCUCACGCACACGCACGCACACGGACCAAGAUGGACGACGGGCUGAAGCAGAGCCAUGUGGCAGGGGGACAGACGGUGAUCGACAGCGUGAAGGAGUACUAUGGAAAGGUGCUGCAGAGCACGGAGAGCCUGAAGACAUCGGCGUGCACAACGUGCUGUGCAGGCAGCAAGAAAGGCCGCCUCUUCCGCGACAUCCCAGAUGAGAUUAUCAGCAAGUACUACGGCUGCGGCUCACCUUUCCCGGAGCAGCUGCAAGGGCUGAAGGUGGUCGACCUCGGCAGCGGCAGCGGGCGCGACUGCUACGCGCUGGCCAAGCUGGUGGGCAAGGACGGCUUUGUCACGGGCGUGGACAUGACGGAGGAGCAGCUCGACGUCGCCCGCCGCCACGUGGACGCCUUCACCCGCGACGUCCUCAAGCUGGACGCACCCAACAUGAAGUUCGUCAAGGGCUACAUCGAGGACCUGGUUGGCGCCGGGAUUGAGCCAGAAAGCCAAGACCUCAUUGUCUCCAACUGCGUCGUCAACCUCAGCCCAGACAAGCCUGCAGUACUCAAGGGGGUCUACGACAUCCUCAAGGAAGGAGGAGAGCUGUUCUUCAGCGACGUGUAUGCUGAUCGUCGCCUCUCGGACGCAGCCCGCAAGGAUCCCGUUCUCUUUGGCGAGUGCAUUGGCGGUGCGCUGUACGAGCGCGACUUUAUCCAUCUCGCCAAGUCUGUCGGCUUUGCUGAUCCACGGGAGGUGUCUCGCAACGUCAUCACGGUGAACGACCCGGAGAUUCGCAAGCUCGUGGGCAACGCCACCUUCUACUCCAUCACAUACCGCCUGUUCAAGCUCAAGGACCUCGAGCCAAACUGCGAAGACUACGGCCAAGUGGCUGUUUACAAAGGCACCAUCCCCGACAAGGAGCUGGCUUUCAACCUUGACAAAGACCACACGUUUGAGGCCCAUCGCCCCGUGCUCGUGUGUGGCAACACGGCUUCCAUGCUCACAGACACACGCUACGCGCCCCACUUUACCGUCACAGGCAACAGGGAGAAGCACUUUGGGGCCUUUCCUUGCGGCGGCUCAAGUGUGAAGACAGGAAUCGCAGCCACCAGCAAAAGCGGUGGCUGCUGCUGAGAUGCUUGUGAUGUUUGUUGUUUGGAUGUGGCGCGGCGGUUGCUCGAAUUUGCAUUUUGCCUGUUGAUGACGUCAUUUUGCCUACAUGAUUGAAUGUCUUCCGUGGCGAAGUGCCAUAAAACAGCUGCAGUUGCACAACAUCGAGCACGAUGACAGCAAGC